AUGCUUCUUGCCCAGCCAGUCCGAUCAACCAUGCGCACCCGGCUACUUGCUCCGCCAACAGCCCGUCAAUUCAGUCGAAAGUACGGGCUUUUGAAGGAUUGGAAAGGAGCAGACCCGACGGACUCGAGCAUCAAGCGAGCUCGACAGGGAGAUACCAAUGACCCUACAUCUGCGGCGACAGCCUCGGGGUUCAAGGAACGAGAUGUAAAUGCCGGUAUCCAGGACGACACGAAACAGCAGGGAGCUACCGAGCGAGGCGGGCGCAAACAUGCGCGGAAGGCCAAGGAUGAGCAUCCUGCUGCUCCGGAACCGAUCAUUGGAAUGAAUGACGAGCGCGCGGGGAAGGGGAAUUGA